AUGGAUAAUUUUACAGCAAAUGAGUUCAGUGAUAAUGUAGAGAUAUUAGAAAAUUGGAUUCCUCGGAUUGGUAUGGAAUUCGACUCGGUGUAUCAUGCUUGGAAUUCUUGGUUAGAAUAUGGAGCGAGGAUGGGUUUCAAUGUUCGGAAGCAUUAUGAGAAUAAGAAACACAAUCAUGUACUUCACUGUCCAAAUACUUCGGACUUGUUGUCAUCACAAAGGAAUAUAAUUGAAGUACAAGUUGUUGAAAUUGAACUUGCUGAUGAUUAUGGAAUUAGGCCUAAAGCAACCCAUGAGCCCAUUGGUUCACAUGUUGGUGGAUUAAACAAUCUUGGCUACACCCAUCGGGACCAUAAAAUUAUCCGUGGAGUAAGCGCCAAAGAGAUUAUAUUUUCCUUUGAUACUACAUUUGGUAGAAACAAAGAGCACCAACCGCUUGGUGUAUUUGUUGGUUUUAACCAUUUUAGGGAGACAACGGUUUUUGGUGCAACUCUUUUAUAUGAUGAAACAACUAAAUCUUUUAGGUGGUUGUUUGAAAUGUUUCUAGCAACACAUGGAAAUAAGAAUCCAAAGACAAUGUUCACUAACCAAGAUAUCUCUACGAGAAAGGCUAUUGCAAAGGUGAUGGCAAAGGUAUGGCAUUGA